GUGUGAAAAAUACGUUAACUGUGACGUUGAAAUGUAACAAGCUAAAUAGAUUGAUGCAUGUGUCGUCCAUCAGAGCGAGCUCUUGGUGGAACUAUGUCCUUAUGGGCGCACCAGAUCCCAUCCUUGGUAUUAAUGACGAGUUCAAGUUGGACACUAACCCUAACAAGAUGAACUUGGGUGCUGGGUGUUAUCGUGAUAAUUUUGGCAGACCAUACGUGUUACCCAGUGUGCGGAAGGCAGAAGAUAUUAUCCGAGAAAGAAACCUUGACAAAGAAUAUCUUAGCAUAACUGGUUUAUCUGAAUUUACAGAGGCUUCAGCAUUGCUUGCAUUCGGCGACGACAGUGAAGUCUUGAAAAGUAAAAAGAAUGUGACAGUGCAAGGUAUUUCCGGUACUGGGUCUCUCUGUGUCGGAGCUCAUCUCUUUGGACGGUUAUUUCCUGGCUCAAAAGACAUAUGGCUGCCGAAUCCUACAUGGGGAAACCAUAGGCUCAUCUUUAAAUACGCUGGAUUAGAACUUGAUCAAUAUCGAUAUUAUGACCCAAAUACGCGUGGAUUUGAUGCCGAGGGAGCUUAUGAAGAUAUAUCUCACAUCCCAAAGAAUUCCAUCAUUCUGUUCCAUGCGUGUGCGCAUAACCCAACCGGAGUCGACCCAAAUCCUCAACAGUGGAAAAUGAUAUCUGAAAUAGUAAAGGCUCGUAACUUAUUGCCUUUCUUUGACAUGGCAUACCAAGGCUUUGCGAGUGGUGACAUUGAUAAGGAUGCGGCGGCUGUUAGAAUAUUUGCCGAAGAUGGACACCUUCUUGCGUUGGCACAAUCAUACUCUAAGAAUAUGGGACUAUAUGGUGAGCGUGUUGGUGCAUUUACACUUAUCUGUGAGUUCGAGGAAGAAGCAAAACGCGUGGAAUCUCAGCUGAAGGUCAUUGUACGGGCAAUGUAUACCACCCCACCCCUCAGUGGUCCUCGUAUCGUGGCGACCAUUUUGAAUACACCCAAACUGAAAAGCCAGUGGCUCAGGGAACUGAAAGGUAUGGCCAACAGAAUCAUAUUCAUGCGCCAACAACUCGUGAAGAACCUAGAGGAAGAAGGAUCGACUCGUAACUGGCAACAUAUCACUGAUCAGAUUGGCAUGUUCUGUUAUACUGGACUCACAACUGAACAGGUGAACAGAAUCAAGAAGGAGUUUGGUAUUUACCUCACAAACGAUGGGAGAAUCUCUGUGGCUGGCAUAACAACCAAGAAUAAUCACUAUCUUGCCCACGCUAUCCACGAAGUAACAAAACACGACACUGUUCCCACAGUCAGCCCCUACACUGGUCCUAAACAUAGUGACACAUCUAAGAGGGUGCACGUACCGUGACGGUGAAACGGCUAAAAAUAAAUGGAAAGACCUUGACCGUGGCAUACUUGGUGGACACACUGCCAUAAUAACAUGUACUUUACAGAUUUUUAAAUCAAGUUGUUGUUGUUGUUGUUGUUGUUGUUUCAUCGAGCAAAUUUCUUUCUACUGUAUUUAUAGAUUUACCGAUUCAUGUUGUAGUUAAUGACAAACAAAUGUAUAAUAUAUGUAAUCGAAGUGAUACUUAUUCAAAUUCUCUGAUUUGAAAUGCAGAACUUUACAUGCGUGUUACGAGCUGAACGUGUGGUCAGUACUUACCUGGUCUUUGAUCUAUUUGCUUGAUAACGUUUUAUGCGUUGCAUUUCUCAGGUAUAAUACACCUUUCCUAUAAAUCGCGCCCUCUGGUGACGACGCGAUGUGAAUGCGCUCGAAGUAUUAAUAUCGUUUUGACCGCUAGUAAUCCAUCAAUGAAGAUUGUGUGUUUGCGAGAUCUGACUGUGUCUAUAUUCUAGAUGACGACCGACUACAGAACCAAAUAUAGUUGUCGAUUUAAACGACAUUGACCUUACCCCUACACGCCAUUUUCACGUCAUUGAAGCGCUCUGACACUAGAGGUCGCGAUUUGUAAAAAUGGUGUACUAGUAUUAAUUUAUUGCUCAAUACACAAACUUAUAAAAUAUGAAUGCCAGUCGGGGCUGCAAUAGUUGUAGACCGCGCCCGCUCUCGAGUUGCCUGAACACACCAACUUUUGACACGA